AUGGCUUUUGAGUUUCUUACUAGUAGGUUAGUUCUGACCAGUGCCCAGGAGCAGGAAGCUCUACUGUAUUUGGAAAAACAUCGGGUCUUGGACUUGCUGGUCCACCUCACCAGCAGCCUCCUCUUUAACAGACCAGAUAAACCAAGAGAUUUUUUGCUAAAUAUGUUAGCAAGAAUUAAGAUUGCGAAAAUAACUGCUGUAGAUUUUCCUUAUCUCAUGGAUGACUCUAACUUGGUUUCUAUGUUUGAAAUAAUGGAUCCUACAAAUCAAGGUUUUAUAACACCUAUUCAGUACAGAGAAGCCCUAAAGAACCUUGGUCUACUGGGUCCAGAUGAAGUAAUAGGUGAAGAUGGAGAAGUUAUCACUAGGGAUGAGUUCAGAAAUGAUGUGAAUAGGAGGACCUUGCAGAUGUGGUCAGCUUUUUAAUGCCCUGGAUCCAGGAC